CUCUGGUGAAUGAAUUCUCCCGGUUCAGACCACAGCCGCCGCCGAUUGAGAGACCAGACAAGUACGAGGCCGUGAUUGGCGCGAAACGCAGCAGGACCAAGACCAAGACCAAGACCGGGUCCUCAAACGAAAGGCUCGAGAGUCUGAGUGUGCCGUCCUUACCCAACCCCAAAAAUAAUGGACGGAGCAUCUGCAUACUCGAAUUCGAACUCGACCGCUUCCUCCCCCUACAAACAUACCUCUCGAAAGUUGACCAAGAAGCCAAAAGCUGGGAGCGUUGCUGCUGCUGCCACGCAAGCGACGCCGCUCUCUGAUGUUCACGUUCGCGGCAACGACCGACAAUCUCUGCUGCGAAGCCAAACGAGUUCCUCAAGCCUCCGCCGAGCUCCCUCUGAAGCAACCCCUCCUACCCACAACUCCUCCUCCAGAACGCAACCCCCAUACACUCAUUCUCGAAGAAUUACUUCCCCCAACCCCGGCGCAUACACUUCCUCGACUUCCUCCAUCGAUCGCAUCUCGGGUCCGUCACCGGUCCUCGCGAACGUCGAUCAAGGUGGGGUGGUUUAUCCAAACACAACGCGUCUUACCCUCACGGAUCAAUCCUCCCAAGAGCUCAUCGGUGCACCUUUCGAUGGCUCUGGCAUUUUAAAUCAUAUUGAUUCAACAAAGGCCACCAACUACCAGAAUUCUCUACGAAAGCCUCCUCCGCCUGCCGCAAUCAAUACCGAACAGAUCGGAAUGAGCCCCCCUCUGCGACAAUCUGCCAGCUUCUCAGCAGGCGAUAAGAUGGCCGAGAAGACCACAUCGCGAUCCAGCGAUGGAAACUCAUCGGGAAAGCGCUAUUCCGACGAGACAAAGGAUCCCAAGACCGGUAUGCUGCGAAAGAAGAGUGGUUUCUCGGGCAUCAUGUCCAAUAUCCUGGGAACACCUCGUACACCAAAGAUAUCUGCCCCAGAGAAUCCGGUCCAUGUAACUCAUGUUGGCUACGAUAAUGAGACGGGUCAAUUCACUGGACUUCCUCAAGAAUGGGCACGUAUGCUUGAGCAGGCUGGUAUUACAAAGAAGGAACAAGACGAGCAAGAUCAGGGCUUGCUGCGAAAUGUAGUAGACUUCUACAAGGAGAACGCCGAAGGAGGAGAUGAUCAGAUCUGGGAGAAGUUUCCACAGGCCCGUACGCCAGACCUUCGAAUUGGUACAUCGACUCCAGGACCUCUUUCGCCCGCAUUGCUGAACACUCCAAACUAUUCGACCCUCACGAGCCCUCCUGCAAGCCCCCGAUUUCCCGCAAACCAUGAGACUAGCUUUGAGAAUCCUCGCUCGCCACCACCGGUUCCACGUCCUGGUCAGUCACCAAUGCUGAACCAGUACAAGGAUACAAAUGGUAUGGUCCCAACUCGUCCCGCCCCUAGACCUCCAGUUGCAUACCCAACUCGGGCUGCACCCCCUCCUCCCCAGGGCAAAGACUCUGGUAUCGAUAUGCCUCGUCAAUCGGAGGACUUGCCGGCACUGGCCUACAUCCCCCCACAACAAGAUACAGCUGGUAUGCUGCCAGAGGAGCAUCGUUCCCGCUCCAAUUCAAGAGCCAACGGUGUGUCUGGGCCAUACAGCAACACGCUCGUCCAAGUCUCGUCUCCUCAAGCAACAUAUCAACAACAAAUGGUACAGCAGCAACAAGCACAAGCCAUGCAAAUCGGACGUGCGCCAAGCAAGAAGGUGAAUGGUGUUGAGAAUGAUGAAGUUAACAUGAACAAUCAGCAAGUUCGUGUUCGACAACAAGAAGCUCGUCCACGUCCUCGUCAGAGACCUGCACCCGGUACUGAUAUUGUCGCCCGAUUGACCCGCAUUUGCAGCCAAGGUGAUCCCCGCCAAAUAUAUUGCAAUUUGGUAAAGAUUGGUCAAGGUGCUUCCGGUGGUGUAUAUACGGGUCAUGAGAAGGAUAACUCACGACUUGUCGCCAUCAAGCAGAUGAACCUUGAACAACAGCCAAAGAAGGAGUUGAUCAUCAAUGAAAUCAUCGUAAUGAAGGAGAGUCGUCAUCCCAACAUCGUAAACUUCAUCGACAGCUUUCUCAUCCAAGGAGAGUUGUGGGUUAUCAUGGAGUAUAUGGAGGGUGGCAGCUUGACCGAUGUGGUGACGUUCAACAUCAUGAGCGAGGGGCAAAUUGCUGCUGUCUGUCGCGAGACUCUGCAGGGACUGCAACAUCUCCAUAGCAAGGGCGUUAUUCAUCGUGACAUCAAGUCGGAUAAUAUCCUGUUGUCCAAUGAUGGCAAUAUCAAGCUCACUGAUUUCGGAUUCUGCGCUCAGAUCAACGAGCACCAGUCCAAGAGAUCCACGAUGGUCGGAACCCCAUAUUGGAUGGCACCAGAGGUCGUAACACGUAAGGAAUACGGUCGAAAGGUUGACGUCUGGUCUCUUGGAAUCAUGGCAAUUGAGAUGAUUGAGGGCGAGCCUCCAUACCUCACCGAGUCGCCUCUGCGUGCCUUGUACCUCAUUGCGACCAAUGGUACUCCAGUCGUAAAGGAACCCCAAAAUCUAACGGAGGUAUUCCAAGACUUCUUGUCGUUUGCGUUGAAGGUCGAUCCUGAGAAGCGCGCAAGCGCAUAUGACCUGCUGAGACAUGAAUUCAUGAAGAAGUGCACACCUCUCUCCGAAUUGGCACCGCUUGUCCGCUCUGCUCGCACUGCUCGUGCUGCUGAGAAGCUCGGCAAGCCCAACUUCCACGGAUGAACAACCAUCUCCCCUUGUAAGAGUCACGUAAAAAGCUACCAUCUUCUCCUCGGGAAGACGCAUAAUCACGCAAGCAAACAGUUUCCUCCUUGAUUUUCCACAACAACCUGUUUCUCUGUUUAUUAGGCGGUCCGCCAUCAUCGAAAAAAGCACACACAACUAUAAAACAAAGUCACGUACAGAAACGUGAUUUUACAUCUCGCGAAAGAAAGC